UUAAAUUAUGUAACAAAGAAUUUCCAGGAGUAUUUAAUUCAAUCGAAAUAAUAACAUCACAUAUCUCCCUUCGUCAUAAAAUUUAGUAAAAAAAAUUAUGUGGCGUUAUAUACGAUCGAACCAAUAUUUGCAGUAGGUACUUUUAUAGUAUUAGUUUGGCAGAUCUAAUGUUUAGAUUGUCAACAUUUUCACCUCAAUGCGGUAUAUAGGACUUUAUUAUUUUAGAAAACCGCAAAAGCGCUUAAUCUUCACAUAAUACCUUGCCAUCAUUGAUAUCAUCGUACAGAAUGGAUUCGUACUGUGCUCAAGUACUAGUUUGAUUCAGUCCUUUUUCGGAGCAGAAGAAAGUGUGCUCGAUUACGUGCAAUAUUAGAGAAUAAUUACCAAUAUAGAAGUCAUGAAUCCCAGGAUAGUAAUUAUUGGCGCUGGGGCUGCAGGGAUAGCCUCUGCAACCAGAUUGAUCGAAAAAGGAUAUACGAAUUUAACCAUUCUGGAAGCAGAAAAUCGUAUCGGUGGGCGCAUCCACACGAUUCCAUUUGGUUCCAAUGUAGUAGAUUUGGGUGCUCAAUGGUGUCACGGAGAGGUGAGCAAUGCAUGCUAUGAGCUGGGCUCAAAGUUGAAUGUUUUUGGUUCAAACAAUUUUAAAUACGAAGACUUCGAACUGGUUAAGUCGAGCGGAGAGAAGGUUCCACAGGAGUACAGCCAAAAACUAAUGAGUGCAAUGUGGUCGAUUUUAGAAUCACAUCGAAAUGAGCUAAGCCGUUAUCGUGGUUCAUUAGGGUCAUUCGUAUUGGAGAAAUUCCGAACAAUUCUUAAUACUUCGGAUUACGUAGACAUAAACAAUGAAACUGCUUUCCAGUUUUUAGAAUUCUUCCACAAGUUUGAAAAUUCUAUAGAGGCUUCGGACUGUUGGUUCGAUACAUCAGGGGCUGGCUAUCUACAGUACUGGGAGUGUGAUGGAGAUCACCUUUUGAACUGGAAAGAUAAAGGAUACAAAACAAUUCUUGACAUAUUGAUGAAACGAUUCCCUUCGCCGAAUUCCAUCGAUGCCAUAAACAUUGAAGAUUAUACUCAAUUUAACAAAACUGUAGCAAAUAUAUGCUGGAACUCCAAUCCGGACAACAUAGCUUCUGUUCGUUGUACUGACAAUAGUGUUUACGACGCUGACCACGUUAUUUGUACAGUAUCAUUGGGCGUUCUGAAGGAACGCUACCAAAGCCUUUUUACACCUGAGCUUCCCGCUAUAAAGCAAAACGCUAUUAAAGGUUUGUCAAUAGGUACGGUUGAUAAGCUGUAUUUGGAGUUUGACAAACCGUUCUGGUCUGAUGGGUGGCAAGGACUGAGCCUUCUCUGGAAUCAAAACGAUCUGGAGGAAAUUCGCGCAUCUGAGAAUAGUUGGAUGGAGGAUGUUUUCGGAUUCUAUACAGUAGACUUUCAGCCUAACAUUCUUUGCGGUUGGAUAUCCGGAGUGAAUGCCAGGCGUAUGGAGAGAACGAGUGACGAGGAAGUGCGAAAAGGAUGCGUAUUUUUAUUGAGGAAGUUCAUGAAACACAUUGACAUCCCGGAACCGGUGACAUUCAGAAGGACACAGUGGUACUCUAACCCAAAUUUCAGAGGAUCUUACAGUUUCCGCUCCGUGACAACUGAUUUGCUAAAUACUUCCGCUGAACACUUGGCUCUUCCAUUAUCUAACGCAAUAGGGAUUCCCGUGGUGCAAUUUGCUGGGGAAGCUACCCAUGACCAUUAUUACUCGACCGUACAUGGCGCCAUCGAAACCGGAUGGCGUGAGGCUAACAGGCUUAUUGGGUUGUAUCAAAGCCCGUUGCAGUGCCAGGUGGACUCCGAUGUGAACGUACUGAUACUAGGUGCUGGAAUAGCCGGAUUGGGUGCUGCAAAGAGAUUGAUUGGUACCGAGAAAAACUUCCUUCUACUAGAAGCGCAAUCCGAGGCAGGCGGAAGGAUCAAAACGAUUGAGAUGCAUCAUUUUGGUGGACUGGACGAAGAAUAUAAACAAUUGGUUGAUUCCGGAGCACAGUGGUUGCAUGGGAAGCAGAACGAACUGUACAAAAUAGCGGAGAGUUACGAUUUACUACACGAAGAAUUAUCCGAGGAAGGAUUAGGAGAAUACAUAAGAAAUGAUGGCCUUAAGAUAGACAGUUUCUUAGUGAAGAAGGUUGAUUUCCUUAUUGGGCAAAUUCUGGAAGAUUGCGAGAAGUUCGCCCAAAAAGAAAAUGAUAGUUUCCCGUCUUCGGUAGAGAUCUUCCUUAGGGAGGAAUUCAAAAAAAGAUUAGAUCCAAAUUUAACAACUGAUGAAAUAAAAUUAGCUAAUCAACUUCUAGAAUGGCACAUGCGGUUUCAAGUGAUAGAUAACUCUUGUCUUACCAUGUCAGAUGUAUCCGCCAAAUUGUGGGGUAGUUAUUCUUUUAACGGAGAGAGCUGCCAGGCUCACAUAAACAUGAAGUAUGGAUUUCAAGCUCUAGUCAAUUGUUUGGUCGAUGAAGUCGGAUCGAAUAGAAUACUGUACAAAAAGGAAGUCACCGAAAUUCGGUGGAAAGACGUAGACUCACGCGUGCUUGUGAGAUGCUCAGAUGGCACUUGUUACAGUUGCCAACAUCUAUUAGUGACAUUUUCGUUAGGGGUAUUGAAGGCCACACCGAAUCUACUUUUCCAACCCGCUCUUCCCAAAUCGUUUCGGAGAUCAAUUCGCAACAUAGGUUUCGGCACGAUCAAUAAAAUAUUCUUACAAUUUGAGAGCGCGUGGUGGGAUGAUGCAGAAGGAUUCCAACUGAUCUGGGAAGACAAUCUUGAGAAAGGAGCCCACUGGACGAGGUUUCUUUCCGGUUUUGACAUUGUCAAUCCUGGACCGGCGAACACUCUGCUCGGAUGGAUCGGUAGUUAUGGUGCCUUGGAAAUGGAAAAGCUCUCUGAUGCCCAAAUUGUUAACGAUUGCGUUUUCCUACUGGAAAAAUUUACACGAAAAAAAGUACCUCAACCGAUUCGAUAUUAUUGUACCCGUUGGAAUUCCAAUCCCUUCAUCCGAGGUUCAUACAGUUACACUUCCGUGAACUGUGACUACGAACCAACAUUCCUGAAGGUAUUACAGGAACCAAUUGUGUGCAAUCAAUACGACCGUUUGACGGGUGAGAUAGAGCGAAAUCCAGAACAAGACAUGCUCCAGACACAAAAACCAUCAGCAUCAUCAUCGGCAACCAUAAGCUUUGCUGGUGAAGCAUGUCACGAAAAAUAUUUUUCUACUGCUCACGGUGCGUUUCUGUCCGGUAUGGAGCAAGCCGGAAAACUUGUUUGAAUUCUCAUUUCCUACAUGCUUUAAAUUGUGAAUUGUGCGAAUUUUGUGGAUGUCAAAUAAAAUAGAGCAUGCUUGUUGGCAAGA